CAGCCACGAUGGUUUCUCCUCUGUGGUGGCAUCCUGUCCUAUUAUGACUCUCAGGAAGAUGCCUGGAAGGGUUGUAAGGGAAGCAUCCAAAUGGCCGUUUGUGAAAUUCAAGUUCAUCCUGCAGAUAACACACGAAUGGACCUGAUUAUCCCAGGGGAACAAUACUUCUAUCUGAAGGCAAGAAAUGCAGUUGAAAGGCAAAAAUGGCUGGUUGCACUAGGAACUGCCAAAGCCUGUCUGACUGACAGCAGGACACAGAAGGAAAAAGAGUUCACUGAAAACACAGAAGCCUUGAAGACUAAAAUGUCUGAACUUAGACUGUACUGUAACCUCCUUGUUCAGCAAGUGCAUAAAACAAAGGAAGCAAGCAUUUCUGGUGUAUCAGAACCAGAGAAUGAGAUUGAUAUGGGAGCUCUGUUAAAAUCAACCUGUGACACCUUCUUGAAGACUCUUGAAGAAUGUAUGCAGAUUGCAAAUACUACCUUCACUUCUGAGUUACUGCAUCAGACCCCACCUGGAUCCCCAAAUUUAGCAGUUCUCAGAACAAGCAAGGUAAAGCACUCUGUCUUGUCCAGUCACACCUCAACAGAAAGGCAGAUGGAAUUGAACCCCUGUGAAAAUGGCUGUGUGAAAGCAGAAAUUAACCAUCAAGAGCAAACGCUUAUUAAAAGUCUGGAAUGUUUAAACUUGGAAACAAGUGAGGGGAGCAGUGAUGUUUCUGUUGAAGAUCACAUAGCAGAGGAUUUGGCAGGCAUUAAAGAAGAUGGAGAGGACAAGCUGCAAGCUGUAGAAAGCUAUGCUGCCCACAAGUUGUUGCAGUCAGAAACAAAUUCUUUAAGUAGAUUGACUCCGUGUGAGGAAGACAAAAAUGGAAAUGAUUCUCCAACCUUCUUCAGUGUCAUGAGCAAUAGGUUCAGUGAUAUUGAACUUCGGGAGGAGGAGGGCAUACCCACAGAGGAGUUUCUGGAAUCAUGUUAUGCAAUUGUGCCUGUUCUGGACAAGCUGGGACCAACUGUUUUUGCUCCUGUUAAAAUGGAUUUUGUAGGCAACAUCAAGAAAAUAAACCAGAAAUUUAUUACCAACAAAGAAGAGUUUGAUACCCUUCAGAAGAUCGUGCUCCAUGAAGUGAACGCAGGUGUAGCACAAGUUAGAAACUCUGCUACAGAGGCUCUCCUGUGGCUGAAAAGAGGCUUGAAGUUCUUGAAAGGGUUUUUGACAGAAGUGAAGAAUGGGGAAAAGAAUAUCCAAACAGCUCUGAACAAUGCUUAUGGAAAGACAUUACGGCAGCACCAUGGUUGGGUUGUCCGAGGGGUCUUUGCGGAGAUGUCACCAGUACUAUUAGCCCUGGGAACUGUCCAGCAGACAGCUUUUCCUGAAGAAGAUGAGAUGCUCUGAUGCAUGUGUGGCGGCAUGAGGCCCCUUCCCACUCUGACCACAAUGGCCAGAGUGGCUCCUGGUCCAUGCAGUGCCCUGCUGCACCUCUUGGUUUUGCUAUCAGAGGCUUUAAUGGCUUCAGCUCUUUCUCCCUCCUUUCCAAAGAAAAUCCUGAGCAGUAGUCCAUGCAGAGAGGGCUGCUUGUUCAGCAAUGCAUGGAAAGGCAGUAGCAAAAUACAGCUAUUUAAACCCUAUUCUCUCUCAAGAAGAUUAUGCAUCCAAACUAGACCCUCCAUCAGAUGCUCAGGAAACUGUCAGAGUGAAUUAAGAGCCCUAAAAGGCCAGGGCUGUAACUCAGUGCCUUUUAAGUGCCAAGAUUUUGUUGGUAGUGGAGGGAGGGAAGUAACCACUAAUGUAAUUUCCAGCAAGAAUACACUCCUCUAAUAUAAUUUGGCCUGGCCACCCUUUCAAAUGCAGCCUUUCCUCAGCUGGUCUGGUUCAGGGCCAUCCUCUUAAAUGCCCCAGUAAUUACUGAUGCAAUGAAAACAUGUGCCCAGGCUUUGCUCUGGCCUUUUCAACCCUGGAGUGACACCAACUUUCAGCAUAGAGCACAUUGCUGAGCAUG